UUUUCAUUCAUGAUCUGGGCGCAUAGGCCCAUUGUGACUCAUGUUCACCAUGGAUGAAUCACCGGCGAACAGGGAGAGCAAAAACGGUGCACAAGGAAACGAAGAGCAAGAAGAUGAUGACUACAUGGGUGACCUUUCUCGCUUUCUUCCUUCCGUGGCUCUUGACCCUCCCAAAUCCUCUUCGUCCAAAAAGAUUUCUGGCAAGAAAGAUCCUCCAGUCAACUCUUCAAAGAGCUGGUUGAAAACUCUUAGCUGGCAAGAGCGGCGAAAACUUGAGAAAGAAAAGAAGCAACAAGAAGAGGAUGAGGAAACAUUAGCUAAAGUGGAAGCUCCAAUACCACAAUCCAACAUUGGGUUUAAGCUUCUCAAACAGAUGGGUUACAUUCCAGGUUCUUCCCUUGGCAAACAGGGCUCAGGAAGGGCCGAACCAGUGGGGCUUGAAAUUCGACGAUCACGAGCUGGUGUAGGUUUAGAAGAUCCCCACAAGGAGAAGAGGAAAAAGGAGGAAAUCAUGAUGGUCACGAAAAGGAGGAAAGAGGAGGACUUAAUGAAAGAAUUUGGGUCAAGGCAGAAGUCACAGUGGCAGAGUAGAAGAGUUAUAAUUAAUUAUAAUAAGGCAAAGGCUGCCCUUGACCAAUUGGAGAAUAGGGAAAUUGUGGAGCCACAAAAGAAUGAGGAUGAUGAAGAGGGUGAAGAAGAAGAAGAAGAGGAAGAAAUAACAGAAGAGGAAUUGCACUAUGUUUUGAUGAAACUGAGAGAUGAAUUUAAUUAUUGCCUCUUUUGUGGAUGCCAAUAUGAAUCAAGGGAUGCCCUUUUGGCCGACUGCCCUGGAACCAAUGAAGAUGACCACUAAAUUGAAGAUUUCUGAUGUAAACAGUGGACAUUAUCAGAUUUGUUGUGCUUGUCAAGCAAUUGCUGUAAGCUUUUAAUGCUUAUUCAAAUGGAGUUGGAUAUGCUAGCAUCUGGUGGAUGAUUGGACUUAAGGCGCUUCUUGUGCCAAUAUACAAAUGAAUUGUGUUUAUGCUCUCAUUACAAUUCGGCUAGGAGGUUGCAUCAUCUUCAUCCAUGCCAAGGGACAACAUGCCCUGCCCUAUUACAGGAAAUAAAUUGUUGAUAUACAGUUUGUGAAACUUUUCAGUUAUUGGAAAAUUUCACAGUAAUUUACUCGGUCAUGUUUUAAAAUUUAUACGGUGUGUAUUUAAAAAGUUUGUGACCUUCCAUUCUUAACUGAACUUAACAUGGGUGUUACACCAAAAUUUUAGCUAAUUUCAACCAGAUAUAUUGAUAGUAAUUGUAGAAA